AUGGAGACCCAAGGCAAUCUCAUUGCAACUAAUAACUCGACUCAGUCGGUUACAGUGAAGAAGGACGACGAUCAGUUUACUAUUCUACCCAAGGCAAGGUUGCAUCGUCGAUUUUUCUCGAAUGAUUUUCUCUUUGGCACUGCAUCGUCUGCUUAUCAGUUUGAAGGUGCAGCACAUGAAGGAGGCCGAGGGCCAAGCAUAUGGGAUACUUUCACACAGAGAUAUCCUGCUGCAGGUAAGGUGAAGGAUGGUGGUAACGGGAACGUGGCUGUUGAUUCUUAUCAUCUAUACAAGGCAUAG